AGUUACACCGUGGUGUUGGUCUGUCUCCAACCAUCUGCCUCCACGAGUCAUUCGUUGCAAGAAACCAGAGUAGAAGGAACACAAGUACAAACGAAGUCAUGGAGAAUGUUCCAAACCUACCUCAAGAAUUGUUGGAGGAUAUCCUUAUCAGGCUUCCAUACAAAUCAUUGGUUCGCUUCAAGUGUGUCUGCAAGCACUGGUAUGCUCUUUUUCAUUACCCUAUUUUCUUGUCUCGUCACCUCUCAAACUUUAUCCAAAACCACAACUCUGGCCAUAGCGUGCUUCUCAGGCUUUCCUUCCCCACUUUAUUCGGAGAUGGCUUGGAAAAUUAUAAACUAUUUUCCUUGUCUGCAACUGAUGCUGAUUUUUCAGCUGUUGAAACCUUAAUUCCCAAAUUCAAUAUGCUUUCAACCAAGUUCCAAAUUUGUGGUCACUGUAAUGGUAUAUUGUGUUUGUCUAUUGAUUAUUGGCCACGCAGUAAGGAGGUUCUUUUGUAUAAUCCCGCAACUAGAGAAUUUAGAUGUCUUCCUGAUAAUGUUUUGCGUUUGAAACCCUCAUCAGUAGCUUUAGCUGUUGGAAUGGGGUAUGAUCCAAUCACUGAUGAUUAUAAGGUUCUAAGGAUUUGGAGAGUUGAUGCAUUUGAUAAUGGUGGUGUGUUUCGUGGUCGUACGAAUCGGGUUGAGGAAUAUGCUUUAAAUACUGAUUCAUGGACAUUGCUGAAUGAUACCAAUGCAGGGAAUUUUGCUUUUGAGACUGAUUGUUUUGCAAUGUACUUUAAAAGAACUUAUUAUUGGUGGGCAUUCAGCCGGGAAGACAAGUCCUCAAUAAUCGUGGCUUUUGAUAUGGAGGAUGAGGUUUUCCAAAGGGUACUAAUGCCACCCCAUAUUGAUAUUAGUGAACCUGAUGGUAGAUCUCUAGCUGUCUGGAAUGACUCCAUCUCACUAAUUUGCUGUACUUAUCAUGAUUUUACAACAUCCAUUGACAUAUGGGUGAUGGAUUUAGUUGGCGCGGAGGGUUCUUGGACCCUAAUGCGAAGUAUAAAACAUCUAAGAGAAGAGCCUAAACCAUUAGUUUUCUGGAAAGGUAAUGAGCUUCUUAUGGAGAUGUCCUGUGGAAAGAUAGAGUCCUAUAAUGUUGAUACUGAAGAAAUUAAGGAUGUCAUGAUUGAGGGUUAUACAGUUCAACAUUCAUCUCAAGCUGUGAAUUAUGUGGCAAGUACAGUUUCAUUGAAGGGUGGAGGAAAUUACCUUAUCUGAUGCACCUGUUUCUCAGUUCUUUCUAAUGCAAGGUUCCCAGUACAGCUUUCAUUUCUUUAGAAACCUUACUGACUGAGUGGUUUCUGAUUUGGUUUCUAUGCUGGGCAAUAUUGAACUCAUUUCACUUUUCUCAUGUUUACUGAUGUUGUUAUGCUGAUCGUUGCUAUGUGUUACAAAAAACAGCUAGCGGAUCUAGCAGUUAGCUUUUAGAGUUGAAGUUAACUUGGUGCUGUGGAGUAAUUUUUAUUUGGGAAAACUUCAAAAAAAUCCCUGUAACUUUUCUCGGAAUCAUUUACCUCCUUGACUUAAAGUUUUUUUUAUCAUUUACCCCCUAAGUGAGGGGGGUAAGUGAUAAAGAAACUAUACCAGAAUUCUUCUUUCAUAUUAGAGGUUCUUGUGUUAAUAAGUAGCAUAAGCUUCUGUGAAAUUACGCUCUUUUAGCUGGAGUGGUUUGUAUUUGGAAUUUUGGAUUGAACAGAAUGCUAGAGUGCCGCUAGCCAGAGGGUUUUACCUGAGCAUCUUAUUUGGGUUGAGCUUGUUUUUCUUACCUCUUUGUGGAGUUGAGCUAAUGUGUCUAUUAGCGGGUUUUGUUGGCAGAUAUGCAAAAGAACUAGAAACUAGAAAAUCUUUCUGAGCUGAUGUUCUUCACUUUUUUGCUUUGUCCUCCGAGUAAUUUUUCUUUCCGUUUGAGAAUUGUUCCUGAUAGCCUCUGGUUUGUAUCUAACAUAUACUUCUUUUAUUAGAAAAGAGAGGAAAUUAGCAAGUGAUGAUCAGCUUACGGAUUUUUGCAGGAAUUUUGUCUCGAAUUUGCAUGAGACUGCAUCCAUAUAUUCCAGACUUUAAAGUCAAUAUUG